AUGGCCCGGCCGAGCGCACUGCUGCGCUGCGUCGUGGCCGUGGCCACGCUGGGCGCGGCUGUCGGCAGUACCCACGCCUCCCGAGAGCAGCGCCGAAGUAGCGACAUUGUCGUCUUGGAAAAGAUGAACAACGUGACAGUGCCCAUGGCUAGAGAGGCCAAGAUCACUUGUCGCAUCGCGAAUCUAGCCAAUCAUAAGGUGGCGUGGAUCCAGCGCAGCGGCGCCGCCGUGCUGGCCGUCCAGACGGAGCGCAUCGCGCCCGACCCGCGCAUCCGGGUAACGCAUGAGAACCGGCGUACCUGGCACCUGCACAUCCAGAGCGUGCGGCCCGGCGACCAGGGCUGGUACACCUGCCAGGUCAACACCUGGAACGUCACCGAGCAGCACGCCUUCCUCGAGGUCACAGUGCCGCCGGACAUUUCCAACGAGAGGAGCUCGAGCGAGGUGAAGGCGUUCGAGGGCGACAACGUGACGCUGAUCUGCCACGCGUCCGGUGUACCUCAGCCGAACGUGACCUGGCGGCGCGAGAACGACCUGCCGCUGCCGCUGAGGUCAUCAACACCAGUGUUCGCGAUGGACGGCGCUCGACUGGAGCUGGGCCGCGUCGACCGCGCCUCCUCCUCCGACUAUUUCUGCAUCGCCUCCAACGGGGUGCCGCCGGCCGUCAGCAAGCGGGUGCAGCUGCGAGUCAGCUUCAAGCCGGAGGUGGAGGCUGCGCGCGGCUCAGUGACCGCCGCCGCCGGCGCCAACGUGACGCUCGAGUGUCAGACCGAGUCGUAUCCGGCCGGGAUGCACUACUGGACGCGGCCGUCGAGGUGCUGA